UCGGACGGCUCCGUCCCUCUCGUCGGCAAGCAGAGCAACGACGAGGUUCAACGGACGACGUCGGCAGGCAGAGCAGCUGCGAAACUCUGGUCUUCGGCCUUCCCUAUUCAACGCAGCAGCCACCAUUAUACAGAUUGGGAAUUUCACUGCCACAUGAACUAAUUUUACUCAACAGGGCGCCACUUAUGCACUUUGCGUUUGGACCCAAAUAUUGGAAAAAUGCUUCUGAUGGGUUCCUUCUUCCGAUGCCUAAACCCUGCACUGACAAUUGCUGCUGCUCUUGCAUAUCGAGACCCAUUUGUCCUUCCUAUAAAUAAGAAAGAGGAAGCAGAUGCUGCGAAAAGAUCCUUCGCUGGUGAUUCUUGCAGUGACCAUAUUGCACUUCUCAAAGCUUAUGAAGGAUGGAAAGAUGCUAAGCGUCAGCUCUGUUUGACUCCACCCCUGUUCCGGCAAGCAACGCAGCAGCUAUGGUGGAGCUACCUCUCGUCUCUGGUUUUCCCUGUUUCUCUGGUGUAGCGCGGCGGCAGUUCGAGCGGCCGUCUCUGGCGGGUGAGUUAGAACCGUGAAAGUCUCCCCUGUUCUUCGCGGCGGAAAUGGAGGAUUCCGAAGGCAGGUUUGAGACCUCCUCCGGCGUUUUCCCGUUCGUGAAGCAGCCCUUCGGCAAGUGGAGCUUCCGGCGGUGGCAAUUCAACGGUGGUUGGUGGAUGGGUGUAGCGUAAUGGUGGCUGCAAAAUUGGGUGGGGUUGUGAAAUUACCCAAUUGUCCAUGGUCUUAACACUAGUUAGAGUCAAAUUUGACCGGGGGACAAAAUUGACUAAGAUUUAAGACUAUUAAGGACCCAAUUAACUAAAAUUGACUUAGUGGGACCACAUUGCAGAUCGGGCAACAUUUGAGGGACUAAAAGUGCGAUUUUCCCUUUUAAAAAUUUAUAAUUGAAUAUAUAUAAUUAUUUCAAUUUAUGUUUACAUCUACCGAUAUUUAUGA